GUGCCCGGUGGGGCGGCCUGGGAGGCCUGGGAAAGUCAGCGUCAGCAGCAGCGCAGUGGCGGGAACCGCAGCCCGGCGGCCCUGGAACCUCCCAGGUUCAUGUUUUUUACACUUUGAUGUGAAAUGUCGAGCAGAGUUCACAUGUUUGUUCCUGAGACAGAAACUCCGAGAAGAGCAACAGCAGAAAUGGAGGAUUCUUCUGUAAAUGCACCCCAGGGUCUGCUGACAUUCAGGGAUGUGACUGUGGACUUCUCCCAGGAGGAAUGGGAAUGUCUAGACUUUGCUCAGAGGGCUUUGUACAUAGAUGUGAUGUUGGAGAAUUACAGCAACCUGGUCUUUGUGGAGAACCAUCGAGACUCAAAGCAUAUUGUCCAUCAUCAUGUGACUACCCAAGAGAAGUCUUAUAACUGUAAUGAGCUCGGCAAAAGUCUUCAUGAUUCCUCCCAGUGUACACCUCAUGACACAAGUGAUUCUGCAGAAAACUACAAAAACUGCUCAUGUGGUAGCCACAUGGAUGCCUCUACUGAAUCAUCACACUCAGAUAGUCAUAAGAGCAUGCCCACUAGACAAAAUCCUUGCGAACAUAAAGACCAUGGCGAUUCUUUACAUUUGUAUCCCACCAUUAGUCAACCUGAAAUAAUCCAUACUGGAAAGAAUGAGCACAAAAACUCAGAGGGUGAUACAUCUCUUGAUUCUAAACUUAAACCUGUGCUACAUCAGAUCUGUAGUGAAGGGAAGCCAUACCAAUGCGGGAAGUGUAGGAAAUGCUUCUGGACCCAUGCAGGCCUCAGUAGACAUGAGACAAGUCACACUGGAGAGAGAUCCUACAAGUGUAGCGAAUGUGGUUUGUGCUUUUCUAAUUCAAGUGCUUUCAAAAGGCAUCAUUACAGAAGCCACUCUGCAGAGAAACCUUACCAAUGUAACAAGUGUGGGAAAACCUUCUUUUGCUAUUCAUACCUUAGAAAGCAUCAGAAAAUUCUUGGGAUGAGGCCUUACGAAUGUAAGCAAUGUUGUAGUUCCUUCUGUACUUUGUCACGCCUUGAAAACCAUUACAGAACCCAUAGAGGAGAGAAAACUUACAAAUGUAGUGAAUGUGGCAAAUCCCUUUGCAACUCCAAAAGCCUGAAAAGACAUCAGAGUGUUCAUACUGAAGAGAAAGCUUAUGAGGAUAAAGAAUGUGGAAAGGGCUUUUAUGGGUUGUGUCAGGUUAAAAACCAUUACAGAACCCCUCACACAUGUGAUGACCGUGGCAAAUGCUGUAGCCUACUGAAACGUCUAAGAACCCACCAGAAAGUUCAUGAAGCCGGGGGACCUUACAAAUGUAGCGAGUGUGACAAAUCCUUUGUCAAGAAAUGUAAUCUUAGAAUCCAUCAGAGAAUUCACAUGGGAGAGGAAUCUUACAAAUGUGGUGAAUGUGAAAAAACUUUUGUCUAUAAAAGCAACCUUGCAAAACAUCAGAACAUUCAUAUGGGAGAGAGACCUCACAAAUGUGGUGAAUUUGACAAAUCCUUCACCCAAAAAGUCCAUUUUAGAACUCAUCAGAGAAUACAUACAGGAGACAAACUUUACAAAUGUAGUCAAUGUGAGAAAUCGUUUAGCAAGAAAGUUCAUCUUAGAACUCAUGAGAAAGUUCACACAGACGAGAAGCCUUACAAAUGUAGUGACUGUGAAAAAGUCUUUAAAUAUGUCUCUUGUCUUAGAAGACAUCAAAGAAUACAUACGGGAGAGAGGCCUUUCAAGUGUAAUGAUUGUGGGAAAUGCUUUAGUCAAAAGAUAUACCUAAGCACCCAUCAGAGAAUUCACACAGGAGAGAAACCUUACAAAUGUAAUGAGUGUGGCAAAUCCUUUGUUCAGAGGCAACUUUAUAAGACACCUGAAAAUCCAUACAAGAGAGAAGUCUUACAACUGUAGUGAAUGUGGCAAAGUCUUUACCCAUAUCUCUCGUCUCACAAAACACAGUAGAAUCCAUUUUAGGGUAACAGAUUUCCAGAGUAAAUGAUGUCACACAUGCUUUAUGCAGAGUUUUCUAAUGAAAAACCCAGCAGCUUUCUCCGAAGAGUAUUACGAGCAUGAGAUACCUGUGAUAGCCUUUGUGGAAUGUCUGAAUCCUAGAAAACAUCAGGAGAUUAUUCUGAGGAAAACUCUGAAUAUUUGAAACUGGAGGAAAACUUGUCAUGAAGUUAUCAACUUCAAAAACUUCCGUGAUGAAGACAAAAUUGAGAAGCCUGAGGAUAUUCCGUCCUGAAGGGAGCCAAUUCAGAGAGGAAAUAAGUACCUCUAAAUUUCUUCAGGAAAUCCCUGAAUUUGAACAGAUUCAGUAGGUGUAACUCCUUUGAAGAAACUCGAUCACUCAUGGUGCCUCGAAGUGACUAACCAACUGAGCCACAAAAAAAAAAAAAAAAAAAAAAAAAAAAUUCACUGCGACUGUCCCCAUCUGACCUGCAGGGAUGCAAGCAGGCAAAACACUAUACAUAAGAAAUAAAUAAAUAAAUCUUUAAAAAAAA